AUGGCUGAAUGGAACGAUUUACUGGCUACGAUGGAUUCAGUAACCCUUUCUGAUUCUCGGGAUAGGUGGGAAUGGGUUGGUGGUGACAAAGUCGAUUUCUCAGUGAAAGCGGUUAAGGAUUUUCUUAUAAGUGCUGAAGACUACAGCAAUCAUUUUGUUUUUAAGUGGUCUAAAUGGGCUCCUAAAAAAUGUAACAUUCUUGUUUGGAGAGCCGAGAUGGGGAGGAUUGCUACUAUCGAUGCUUUAGCAAAAUAUAAGGCAGAAGAAGAUAGAAAGCCUAAUGUUUCGCAUGAUGAUGGAGAAGAAAGCGGUGUGUGUGCUGGAGUUCUGGCGGGAGCGGUUAUAGUAAUGGCGGUGAAUGUUAAGUGGGGAACCGUUAAGUUGCUAUUUGUUGGAAUUGAUUUAUUUUUUUUAAAAUCAUAUCAAAAGCCCAAUGUAAAAUCAAAUGUGCAUCCUUUCUUUACAAAAACUACAAGCGAUCCUUCUCAACCUACUAUUAGAAAAGCUAUGCAAAGCAAAGAAAAGGUACACGAGGUUAACUUGGCUAUUGCUAUGUGGUUCUAUGACGCAUGUAUACCUAUAAAUGCUUGUAAUUCUCCUUAUUUUCAACUAGCAGUAGAUAAAAUAGCAUCUAUAGGAUAUGGUUACAAAGCACCUAACUAUCAUGCUUUAAGGGUCAAUCUGUUGAAAGAUGCAAAAACAUCAGUUGGGCUAAUAAUAGAUUCAUAUAGAAAUGACUGGGUUGAAAGUGGUUGCACGAUUAUGAGUGAUGGGUGGCGGGAUAUUAGGCAUCGACAUUUGAUUAAUUUCUUAGUUUAUUGUGAGAAAGGAAUUUCAUUUCUUAAAUCUGUAGACGCAUCUGAUAUUGAGAGCAAUACUGUGAAUUUGUGUAAUUUGUUUGCUGAAGUUACGGAAAUGGUUGGGGUUAAGAAUGUAGUUCAGAUAGUUACUGACAAUGCUGCUAAUUACAAGGCAGCUGGUAAAAUGUUAUGUGCAAAAUAUCCUUCAUUUACUUGGACACCUUGUGCAGCUCACUGUCUUAAUCUUCUGUUAAAGGAUGUUUCAGAGUUGGAGAAUGUUGCAAAGUUGGUUAAACUUGCAUCUAGGAUUACUGUUUUUAUUUAUAAUCAUAAGAUGCCGUUGAAUUGGUUAAGAAAAAGAGAGGGUUGGACAGAAAUCAUUCGUCCAGGUCCUACCCGGUUUGGUACGACCUUCAUUGCAUUAAAAAGUUUGGUAGAUCAUAAAAAUGACUUGCAAGCUCUUGUCAUAUCUAAUGAAUUUAAAAAGAUGUCAAAACUGGGGAAUGCAACUGAAUGUAAAGAAGUUGUGAUGAAUGAAACUUUUUGGAGCAAUUGUUUGAUUACUGUGACAGUAAUGGCUCCUUUGUUGAGGGUUUUGCGUUUGUGUGAUAUGGAUGAAAAACCUUCUUUGCCAUAUGUUUUUGAGGGGAUGAUUCAGGCAGAUAAGGGAGUUAAGGCAAUAUUUAAGGGAAAGGAAGAUUUGUAUAAGCCAUAUACAGAUAUAAUCGAUGCUCGAUGGAAAAAGAUGUUAUGUUCUAGUAUUCAUUGUGCGGCAUAUUGGUUAAAUCCAGCUUAUCAGUAUGACAAAGAAAAUCUUUAUAAAGGUAAAGAAGUUUUCAAGGGUGUUCUCGAAAUGGUUGAGAAGAAUUUUUCGGUUGAUGAGGUUAUAGAUAUUACAACGGCUUUAGGCAAGUUUCGUGAUGGCGAAGAAUGUUUUGGUAGGAGUAGUGUCGUUGCUUCUCGUAAAGCAAUUCAACCCGCCGAAUGGUGGAGAUUAUUUGGUGGAGAUUAUCCGUUAAUGCAAAACUUUGCCGUCCGAAUAUUAAGUCAAACCGCAUCUUCCUCUGGUUGUGAACGUAAUUGGAGUGUCUUUGAAAGGAUUCACACAAAAAAAAAAAAAAGAAAUCGGUUGGAACAUGAAAGACUAAAUGAUCUUGUGUUUGUUCAUUACAACUUGCGUUUACAAAAUAGACUCAAAUAUGCUAAAAGAUCCUAUGACCCAGUUGAUUGUGAAAGUAUUAGUCAUGCGGAAUUUUGGGUGGUUGAAGAAGAGCCGGCAGGAGAACUUCAUAACGAUGAUAUAGAUAACAUGUUUGGUGAGGAAGAUCAUGACCCGGUUUCUCAAACACAAGGAAACGAAAAUAGUUAUGCUCUAGUUGAUGAGGAUGGUGACCAUAGUGAAUUUCAUCUUUUAAGCGAUCGGGAACUUGAUGCAUUCAACACUCCAAUGGCUUAA